UUUCCAUUGCUGUUUCGACUCCGUUGUUGAGCAGUUUUCUAGUUCUACAUUACGGGAUCGACAUUACAGCUAUUCGAUUCACUAUGGGACGGCUAACCCGGGCUCUCCUCUUCCUCCUUGCGACGCCACUAUUUGCCGUUCCAGCUGCUGCCGAUGAGUAUGACUACAUUGUUGUAGGUAGCGGGCCUGGCGGAGGUCCCCUAGCCUCGAACCUCGCUAGAGCGAACUACUCGGUUCUGCUUAUCGAGGCUGGCGAUCAAAGCACUCAGGGCACUUCUGGACAAUAUCCGCCGCAAAUCACCUGGGACUUCUUCGUUAAGCAUUACAAUGACGAGAAGAGGACCAUGAUGCAUAAUCACCUGGUAUGGAAGACGAAGGAAGGGAGGUAUUGGGUUGGUGCUGGUUCUGACACCCCGCCAUCUGGAUCGAAGUUCCUGGGAAUUUACUACCCUCGGGGUAGCUCCGUUGGUGGCAGCUCUAUGAUAAAUGCGAUGUGCACCUGGUUGCCCUCCGAGAGUGACUGGAACUACAUCGCGAACCUGACUGGAGAUCAGUCAUGGACCGCCGACAAGAUGCGCAACAUUUUUCAGCGUAUCGAACACAACAACUACCUUCCAAAAGGUACCGCCGGCCACGGCUUCGACGGCUACUUCCAAACAAAUAUGAACAAGCCAGCUUCUAUCGGACAGCCCGUCCUCGGGAUAAUCUCAGCUAUUGCACAAAACUUCUCGAAAUCAACUGGCCAGGCACAAAUCACAACAAUGAUGGGUGAUGAUGCCAAUUACCUUGACCCAAAACGCGACUGGACUACUGGUAUAUGGGGUCUGCCAACCCACACGAAGAGCAAUGGAGAGCGAUUCAGUUCCCGAGACUACAUCAAGGACACUAUUAACGCAAAAUUCCCAUUGACCCUGAGCAUGAAUAGCCUGGCAACUCGCGUCCUCUUCGACAAGAACAGUACAGCCUGCGGUGGCAAGCCGCGAGCUACAGGCGUGGAAUUCUUGCAAGGCAAGAGUCUCUACAAAGCUGAUGCGCGCUACGUCGACGGCACCAAAGGCACUCUUAAGACCGCAACUGCGCGCAAGGAAGUUAUCGUAUCCGGGGGCACGUUCAACACACCCCAACUGCUCAUGCUUUCCGGUAUCGGCCCCAAAGAACAGCUUGCCCAAUUCAACAUCCCGCUUCUGGUCGACGCUCAAGGCGUAGGCAAGAACAUGCAAGACAACCAAGAAAUGCCUAUCAUCGGACAAGUCUCUGGCGCCACGAGCGGUGGCUUCAGCCAACCCAUCAUCAUGAUGAAAACCCCCCACUCCCCAGACGGAGAAAGAGAUAUGUUCGUCAUGCAAGGUUCCUUCGCUUUCCGGGGCUUCUGGCCCUCCAACCAAUCUAACUCGGCCCUGCCCCAGGACGGCCCAGGGACAUAUGGCAUCUCGAUGGUGAAGAACCAUCCGCAGAACAAAAAGGGAUACGUGAAACUACUCAGCGCGAACCCGCAGGAUGUCCCCGAGAUCAAUUUCAUGUUGUACGAAGAGGGCAAGGAAACGGACAUGGGCGCCAUGAAAGACACCAUCGCGUGGGCGCGACAAAUGUAUAAAUCUGCAAAAGGCAUCACGGUCACCGCGGCAGAGCCGCCUUGUCCAAACGGCCCUGACGCGAACGGGUAUUGUGGCCAGAACGAUGAAGAUUGGAUUGUAGGACAGACGUUUGGGCAUCAUCCUACGAGUACUGCGGCAAUUGGGAAGGAUGGUGAUCCGAUGGCGGUGUUGGAUAGUCGGUUUAGAGUGAGAGGGGUCGCCGGGUUGAGGGUGGUCGACGCAAGUGUUUACCCCAGGAUUCCGGGGGUUUUCCCGGUGGUGAGCACGUUUAUGGUUAGCGAGAAGGCGAGUGAUACGAUUAAGGAGGAUGCUGGGAAGGCUGUAUGCGCUGCUUAG